AUGAGCAGUGGAAUUGCAUCCGGCAGCGAUAUUUCAUACUUGGGCGAUAAUUUAUUGAAUGUGAAAUGUUGCGCUAGUGAGCGACUGUCACCAACUCCAAACGCACAGUUGGAUGAUAUGACGAAGGCUUAUGCAUCCAUAAUAUCACAUUGCGGUGAAGAUAUCCAUAGACAGGGCCUCAUCAAAACACCUGAACGUGCCGCGAAAGCAAUGCUUUUCUUCACGAAAGGAUAUGAAGAAAAUCUUGAUGAUGUGGUCAACGAAGCAAUAUUCGAUGAAGAUCACGAUGAAAUGGUGAUUGUUCGUAACAUUGAGAUGUUUUCAAUGUGUGAACAUCACAUGGUACCGUUCAUUGGCAAAGUUCAUAUCGGUUAUUUGCCGAACAAAAAAGUGAUUGGCUUAAGCAAAUUGGCUAGAAUCGUUGAUAUGUUCAGUCGACGUCUUCAAGUACAAGAGCGAUUAACGAAACAAAUUGCCGUUGCGAUAACAGAAGUUCUCCAGCCAACUGGAGUUGCGGUGGUAGUUGAAGCAAGCCAUAUGUGUAUGGUACUACGUGGUGUGCAAAAAAUCAACGCAACCACUACAACCAGCUGUAUGUUGGGCGUGUUUCGAGAGGAUGCCAAGACAAGAGACGAAUUCCUGGCUCUGAUCAAAGUGUAA